AUGAAAGCACAUCGCAUUAACAAUGUCACUGAAUUCUUUCUUGUUGGAUUUACGACACGUCCAGAAAUGCAGGUUUUUCUCUUUUUUGUCUUUUUAGUAAUAUAUCUUUUAACUGUGACAGAAAACUUGGUGAUCAUUAUAACUAUCAAAUUAAACAUAAAACUCCACAAGCCAAUGUACUAUUUUCUAUGCAGUCUUUCUUUCCUAGAAGUCUGGUAUGUCACUGUUACAGUGCCUAUUCUUCUUUGCCACUUCCUGACCCAACAUAAAAUGAUUGCCUUUGCCUUUUGCAUGGCUCAGAUGUACAUCUUUAUUUCUCUUGCUUGCACUGAAUGUGUACUUUUAGCAGUUAUGGCUUUUGACAGAUAUGUAGCAAUAUGCAUCCCUCUGCGUUACACAGUCAUUAUGAAUAACACCUGUUGCAUGCUCAUGGCAGUGGGAUCUUGGUUAAUUGGGUUUUCCGUUGCUAUGUUUAAAGCAAUUAUCAUUUUCAGGUUAAACUUUUGUGGUCCCAAUACAAUCAACCAUUUUUUCUGUGACAUUUCUCCAGUGCUGAAUUUGGCUUGCAACGAUAUAUCACUUGCCGAACUGGUAGAUUUCAUCCUGGGUAUGAUAAUUAUUCUUGUACCUCUCUCUGUGAUAAUCUUUACUUAUUUCUCUAUCAUAGAGGCCAUCAUACGAAUUCCAAAGGAAAGGCAGAGGAAAGCUUUUUCAACUUGUGCUUCACACCUUGCAGUUGUUACUAUUUUUUAUUCAACAACAAUUUUUAUAUAUGCAAGGCCAAAAAAGUUAAGUUCAUUUAACUUAGCCAAAUAUGUCUCCAUUUUUUAUUCCAUUGUAACUCCUGCCUUGAAUCCAAUUGUCUAUUGCCUUAGAAAUAGAGAAGUGAAAGUAGCAUUAAAGAAGACACUCCAAGGAUGUCAUUAA